UUUCAUAACGUUUUGUUUUCAGUUAACGUGAAAUGGGGAAAAGAGAAAUUUGAUGGCGUCGAGCUUAAUACUGAUGAGCCUCCAAUGGUCUUCAAAGCCCAGUUGUUUGCACUGACUGGAGUCCAGCCAGCUAGACAGAAGGUCAUGGUUAAAGGAGGAACUCUGAAGGAUGAUGACUGGGGGAACCUAAAAAUAAAGAAUGGGAUGACCUUGCUAAUGAUGGGUUCUGCAGAUGCACUUCCAGAGGAACCAAUUGCUCGGCCCGUCUUUGUAGAAGACAUGACAGAGGAGCAGCUAGCUUCAGCUAUGGAGUUGCCCUGUGGGCUGACAAACCUUGGCAACACUUGCUACAUGAACGCCACGGUCCAGUGCAUCCGCUCCGUGCCAGAAGUGAAGGAGGCCCUGAAGAGGUAUGGUGGUGCCUUAAGAGCUUCAGGAGAAAUGGCCUCUGCUCAGUACAUCACAGCAGCUCUUAGAGACUUGUUUGAUUCCAUGGAUAAAACUUCCUCCAGUAUCCCACCUAUCAUUCUCCUGCAGUUUUUACAUAUGGCCUUCCCACAGUUUGCAGAGAAAGGAGAUCAAGGCCAGUACCUUCAGCAGGAUGCCAACGAGUGCUGGGUGCAGAUGAUGAGGGUACUACAGCAGAAGCUGGAAGGCAUAGAAGGUGAUACAAUAAUGGAGACAGACUCUGGAGCUACAGCAGCAUCUUCUAAAAAGAAGAGUUUAAUUGAUCAGUUCUUCAGCAUUGAAUUUGAAACAGCCAUGAAAUGUACAGAAGCUGAAGAAGAAGAAGUGACUAAAGGAAAGGAGAAUCUGCUUCAGCUUAGCUGCUUUAUCAAUCAAGAAGUGAAAUAUUUGUUUACAGGACUAAAGUUGCGUCUUCAGGAGGAGAUCACAAAACUCUCUCCAACACUGCAGAGAAAUGCACUCUACAUCAAAUCCUCCAAAAUCAGUCGCUUGCCGGCGUACCUGACCAUCCAGAUGGUUCGGUUCUUCUACAAAGAGAAGGAGUCUGUCAAUGCCAAAGUUCUCAAGGAUGUGAAAUUCCCUCUGAUGCUGGAUGUGUAUGAGCUGUGCACACCAGACCUUCAGGAAAAAAUGGUUUCCUAUCGAUCCAAAUUCAAAGACCUAGAAGACAAAAAAGUAAAUCAGCAGCCAAAGAAUUCUAGUAAAAGUGACAGUGCACAGAAAGAAGUCAAAUAUGAACCAUUUUCUUUUCCUGAUGAUAUUGGUUCUAAUAACUGUGGCUACUAUGACCUGCAGGCAGUGCUCACACACCAAGGCAGAUCCAGUUCCUCUGGGCAUUAUGUGUCUUGGGUGAAGAGGAAACCAGAUGAAUGGAUUAAAUUUGAUGAUGACAAAGUCAGCAUUGUCACACCUGAAGAUAUCCUGAGGCUAUCUGGGGGUGGAGACUGGCACAUAGCUUAUGUGCUGCUCUACGGGCCCCGCAGGAUCGAGGUAGCUGAAGAGCAAGCUGAGCAGUAGUCUUCAGGUGGAGUCCUUCUGCCUAGGUGUGAAAUAAAUGUUGAUUACUGAUCACUUCUUUAACCCCAGAGCUUUAGUCAGUGGAUAGAUAAUCUCUUGGAGCCUUCUCACGUGAGGAGGGAUAUCGUUUCCAAACGGAUCCAUGUACAAUUAGUCACGACUGGGCUGCCCACUGUGGUGGUGGCAGCUCCUAAAAUAGCUUUAAUGUCUUGCAGAAGAUGAGUUUUUUUAAUUGAGCCUCUUCCCCCCCCGAUUCCUCUCUAAUGUUGUCAAGUAUUUAUUACACACCUAUUCUCACAUUUGUUACUCUUGCAUGGUUUAUACCACAGUUCAGUAGCUGUCCAUCCUCUGCCUUUCCUGGCAGGUCUGUCAGGGAGGUGGAAGCCAAACUGUUGCCUUGUUGUGUAACUCAGUGCUGCUGCCCACAGCCGUGGCUACAAUCAAAUACCUGUGCAGCCUGACCUGCUAACUCAGUCUGUUCUGUUGCUGGCAUCUCCAACUGCAAAAUAAAGUGUGAUCAACAACGUGUCUCC